AUGGCCAACCAGACUCCCGAAUCCUGGGAGGAUGAACUCUCCAGACAGACCGAAGGUGUGAACCUCAACAACAACGGUCGUCGCCAGCAACAGUUUAACUACCAAGGCUCGACGUUCACCCCUGGCGCUGCUUCGUUCACGCCCGGCGCCGCCGCCUUUGUGCCCGGUCAGCAGGCCUACGGUGGAUAUCCUCAGUACGGCCAGCAGUACGGAUACCAACAGCAGCAGCCCUACGCUCAAUACGGAGGCCAGUACGGAGCCUAUGCUCAGCAGCCCGGCGGCUACAACCAAUACUACAACCAGCAGCAACAGUACGGUGGCUACCAGCAGCAGCCCCAGCAGUCCCAACAGCCUCAGCAACAACCCAAGCCCGCCGCUGAACCCAAGCCUGCUGCUCCUAAGACCGCUAAGGUUUUGAGCAUUGGCGCCGAGCCUAAGGCUAAGGUUCUCAGCGUCAGCGGUGCCAGCGACUCGCCAAAUGCUCCCAAAACGAAGGUCCUCUCCAUCGGCAGCACAUCCGCAUCUCCCAGUCCCGCAGCUUCGGGCACGGCCACCCCCGGCGAUGUUAAGGGUUCUGCCGCCGCUGAUGCCGCCGCCAAGGUGACGGCUUCCAAGGCUAUUGAGAAGACUGAGAAGAAGGCGGAGGCUAAGGCUGCUGCUAGCGGCAAGUCCUCUCCUGCGCCCGCCUCUGGCCGCUCCUCUCCUGGCCGCUCCAGUCCCUCUAGAGCAGAGGUUGUCAAGGCUGCUCGCCAUGCCGAUGCUGUCGCCCAGGAGCAAAAGGCCGAUGUCGACGAGGCCACCUUGAACGAACUGUACGGUGAGCUUGAGAAGAAGGAACACGUUAACGUGGUAUUCAUCGGCCACGUCGAUGCCGGCAAAUCCACCUUGGGAGGUUGUAUUCUUGUCGCCACUGGUAUGGUCGAUGAGCGUACUCUGGACAAGUACAAGAGAGAUGCCAAGGAAGCUGGUCGUGAGACCUGGUACCUUUCCUGGGCUCUUGAUCUGAACCCCGAGGAGCGUGCUAAGGGUAAGACCGUCGAGGUCGGCCGCGCUCACUUCGAAAUCACCAAGAAAUCCGAUCCUUCCAUCACGAGAAACUUCAGUAUUCUGGACGCUCCUGGCCACAAGGCCUAUGUCCACCACAUGAUUGGAGGCGCUACGCAGGCUGAUGUCGGUGUUCUCGUUAUCUCUGCCCGUAAGGGUGAAUACGAGACCGGAUUCGAGAAGGGUGGUCAAACCCGUGAGCACGCUUUGCUCGCCAGAAACACCGGUGUACGCAAGCUGGUCAUUGCUGUCAACAAGAUGGAUGACCCUACAGUCGAGUGGAGCCAGGACCGUUACAAGGUUUGCACUACAAAGGUUGCUAAGUACUUGGAAGCACUGGGUUACGCAAAGACAGACUUGACCUUCAUGCCGAUCAGUGCGCAGACAAUGGUUAACAUCAAGGACCGGGUCACCAACGACGUUUGCCCUUGGUAUGACGGACCGUCUUUGUUGGAGUUCCUCAGUGAAAUGGAGCUCCCUCCUAGAAAGCUGAAUGCACCUUUCAUGAUGGCCAUUAGCGCGAAGUACAGAGACAUGGGCACCAUGGUUGAAGGUAAAAUCGACUCUGGAAUUGUCAAGAAGAACCACAACUUGGUUGUUGUUCCCGGUGGCGCCAAGGUGGAAGUUGCUGCUCUGUAUGGUGAGACUGAGGACGAGAUCGUCACUGGCAGUUGCGGUGAGCAAGUCCGCAUGCGUCUCCGCGGUGUUGAGGAAGAAGAUCUUCUUCCCGGUUUCGUGCUGUGCUCUCCCAGGCGUCUGGUCCACUCCGUGCAUUCCUUCGAAGCCAAGAUCAAGUUGCUUGAGCUCAAGGGCAUUCUUUCUGCCGGUUACAACUGCGUGAUGCACGUGCACUCCGCUGUUGAAGAAGUCACCAUUGCCGCACUCUUGCACAAGCUUGAACCCGGCACUGGACGCCGCAGCAAGAAAGCGCCAGCAUUCGCAAGCAAGGGAAUGACGGUGAUUGCCCGUGUUGAUGUUACGUCGACGGCGGGAUACGUGUGCUGUGAACCUUUCUCCUACUCUGAGCAGAUGGGACGUUUCACUCUGCGUGACCAGGGACAAACCAUCGCCAUUGGUAUGAUUACCAAGCUGAUUGAGAACGACGAGGUUGUUGCCGAGUAA